AUGGCAUCCUUUGCUUCGGUGACGCAGCUGGCUUACUCCUCAUUGGUCGAUCGCUGGGACCCUCUGGACCCCGCUCUGGGCCUGGAGCCUCUGUCUGUCCGCAGGAACACGCCCUGUCUCUGGGUCCUGCUGUCCACUGUCCCUCUAGACAGAGGCAUGCUGGGAUACCAGCGUCCUGGGCACCAUUGCGACCUGUGGGGGGGUGUGGCCUCUGAGCACAAACCAGGAAGCAGGAAGAGGAGAGGGGGCGGAGCCAGAGCGCACCGCGAGAACAGGCCACAGAUAAGCUGA